CGGUCUGUGAGCAGCGAGAACGGUAUAAAUACAGCGCACAUCUAAUCCACUGGUACCUUCAACAUCUACUCAUUCACAAACUGAGUGAAGCGAGGUUUCAAAGGGACUUUCGGCUUUUUUCAAGAUACUCCUGAGGAAAAAUGGAUCCUUGUGAUUGCUCCAAGACUGGAACUUGUAGCUGUGGUGCCACCUGCAAGUGCACUAAUUGCCAGUGUACAACCUGCAAGAAGAGCUGCUGUCCCUGCUGCCCAUCAGGCUGCAGCAAGUGCGCCUCCGGCUGCGUGUGUAAGGGCAAUUCCUGCGGCUCCAGCUGCUGUCAAUGAGGAGGUCAACAUGAUGGUUUUUCUACAACAGUGUGAACUUGUUGUUCUGUGCUGCGCGUCUUCGUUUUUUUUUUGCAUGGCAUGAAUGUUGUCUUUUUACAAGAUAAUAAAUGACCUCUGGUUGUUCUCACUGAAUCUUGAGUGUUUAAUGUUGCAAAAUUGUUCAACUGUUAAAUGGAAAUCAAUGCACUGAUUUGUACUGCUACAAAUGAGACAAAAUGUUUGUUACGAAAAGACAACUGAGUAUUUUUGAUUUGUGCUUCGUUUACAAUAUAUAAAUGUCAGCA